AAAACAAAAAGAAUUCCUGUUGAAAAGGUGGAGGUCGUGUUGUCUGUUGCUAUUCAUCAUCCAAGAAGGCUGAACAAGGUCCAGGAAUUCCUUGUCCUGUCUGGUCAGACUUUGACUUCACUAAGAGACAAGAUUCACUGUGUCACUGAUUAUAUAGUACCUGGUGACCAUAGCAACAAUCCAGAUCUUUCCCAGACAGCACCAUGCCAGGACAUUUGCAAAUCAGGCUUUUUUUACUUUGAGAAUGUGUUUUAUAAUGACAUGAGGGAUGGACUAAAUAGAGAUUACAGUAGGUCCUUAAUUGAUUGGGCCAAAGACAGCGAAGAACCAUGGGCUUCAAAGCUAAAAUCAUCUUCUGUAGAGAGAAUGGAAGAUACAAAGUUUGAGUCUUUGACAAUCCGUCUUGGAUACCCUUAUCUUUACUGUCAUCAAGGAAACUGUGAACACAUUGUCAUCUUUACAGAUUUAAGACUUCUUCAUGUUGAUGAUAGUGAUAAUGUAUUGGAUUUC